AUGAACCAGACACAGCCUUAUAUGGAUGUGCAAUCGUCGCAUUUGGCCUCCUCGCAGCCAUACUCGCAAGGGACGGCUGCUGAGAAUAUCUCGCACUACUCCCAGUACCAACAACCUUCCUUACUCCAGCCGGGUCCCACGGCCUACCCCCCCUCGCAUAGCUACCCACAGUACGGGUACUCGAACGGCAUCACCUCGCCACCCAACAACCAACCAGUGCACAAUUCACUGAACGGUCAGGGUCCCGCUCAGAUACUGCCACUUCCUCCGUUAAAUUCCACGGCUUCAAACUCUCAUGGCUAUGUACCGAAUUCUACGGGUCAGGUUCAACCUUACUCGUCCCAGACUUUCGACACGACCGGUCAGAUAGCACCACCAGGAGUGAAGCCUCGUGUCACGGCCACACUGUGGGAGGAUGAAGGCAGUCUCUGUUUCCAAGUCGAGGCCAAGGGAACAACCCAUAUGAUCAACGGCACAAAGCUGCUAAACGUUGCCGGAAUGACAAGAGGCAGGAGAGACGGCAUCCUGAAAAGUGAAAAGAUUCGACAUGUAGUGAAGAUCGGACCCAUGCAUCUAAAGGGCGUGUGCAUCGGAGGAAUAUGGACUGACUAUUUUAGGAUACCGUUUGAGCGCGCUCUGGACUUUGCUAAUAAGGAGAAGAUCACGGACCAGCUCUAUCCACUCUUCGUCCACGCCAUUGGAAGCCUGCUAUACCACCCUGUGAAUGAAAACCGCGCCAAUGCCAUCGUCACGGCUUCAGAUCGCAGACGUAUCGAGAGCAGCCAGCCAUUGGGACGUCCAGGUCCUGGCGGGCACCCUCCACCGCUACACCAUCACCACUCGAUGCAAAAUCCAACAACUACACACAUGCCUCAGCCAUCGUCUCUCGCCACAAUUCCUCACCCCAUGCCCGGCCGUCCACCACUCGACCGCGCCCAUACCUUUCCCACACCUCCUACCAGCGCUUCCAGUCUUGUCGGUAUGCCCAACCAAGCUGGCUCAUACGAGUGGAACGGUCAGAACAUGUCAAAUGGCGUCCAGAGCUCCCAGGCGCUUCCCCUCGAGUCUGGAAUGAAUGGCACACGGUCGAUGCCAACCACACCUGCUACCACGCCUCCAGGUGCAAACAUGUCCGCCAUGCAAGCAUACCAAGGCCAGUCCGGCUACAGUGACUCCAAGGCGUACUACUCCUCCGCUCCCCCCACACAAUCGCACUACGCCUCACAGCAGCCUGUCUCUCAACAGAGUAUCUCUAGCCAGGGAAACGGUCAGGUGAAUGGGUCAACGGGUGCUACGACAGCGGAACCAGAAUCCACGGAGCAGCACCAAACCACUGAGGGUGAAUACAUUAACGGCACCAACGGAACAUACAACUCCAACCGUGCCUCCUAUCCAGCUUACCCAUCCACCCAAGCUGUUGGCACAAUGCCCAGCGAACACACCCCUCUACCGUCAGAGAUGGCUGCUCCUCCCCACCAGAACGGAGACAAACGUUCCUCGAGCACCUGGCCAUCAACCUACACACCUCGAUCAGGAGCUCCAAGCAGCGUCUACAGCGUAAUGAGCGACACCCGGAAUUCCCCUGCCAACAAUGCAGGCACCGCAACAUACCCGGAUGCCUACUCCGCCUCAGCCAGCACACCGGGCUACUCUUCCUCCAUCAACGGAUCAAGCAAGCGUGGCCGCGACGACGACGACGUAGAGACUAUCCCUCGCUCCGAGAGCCGUGGCGAAGACUCUGUUUACGAACACAAGCGUAGGAAAACACUGGUCGACUCCGGCGCCGGUCCCAUUGUACCUGCUUCCAUCAGCCUACAAAACGUACAAUCCGGCAAUUUUCCAAGAAGAAUCUGA